AUGACAGAUUUAUCACCCUCAAAUCAGAAAGUAGAUGAUUUCCUUUCUUCUUUAUCUAAGCUAUCUCAAGAAAAGCUAAUACAGGAUCAAAACAGACAAAGAAAUUUACAAAAGAACAUCGACCAGUUAUCAAAAUAUAAAGUUCCAAUCUCCAACAAUUAUCAAUCAAGUUCAACUGACACGAAAGCUAACUAUGAAAUACCCGAGCUUGAAUUUAACAGAUCAAGAUCAACGAAAAAUGAUUCACCGAGACUAUCAACUAGACCUUUAAAAACUGAUGAUUCAAAUCCACCUCCAUUACCAAGUCGUAAAUAUCAAGACAAGAUCAAAGAUUUUAGUUUCAAUAUCAAUUUGAUGAAUCCAGUUGCUAGAAAAAAUGAAGAACCCAAAAUUGAUACCCCAAAGACACCAGAAGCAAAGCCUUUCUCGACAACUUCGGAUAAGCACAGAUCAUUUUCACAAAUUGAAGCUUUGAUUCAAAAUGGCCCUACGAAGAAGCAACCCCCACCUGCAAAACCUAAAAAGUUAAACUUAGAACUUGAUAAACAAGAAACUACAAGAAAUUCAAAUUUUGUAUCAGGGUCUAGCGAAUCGAAACCAAAAACACCACAAAAGGCAGAUUGGUUAUCGUCUUUAUCGAGUUCAAAAUCGACAACAUCAACUCCUCAAUCUAAAGCAGCCACUUCUCCCGUCAGAUCGCCACAAAGGUCUGAUUGGUUGACUUCUUUGUCGACUUCAAAAUCUACGACAUCCACUCCUCAAACAAAAUCAGGCGAGAAAACAGUACUUAGGUCACCACAUAAAUCAAGCUGGAUUGAAAGUGCAUUAGAAAUAAAAAAAACUCCACCGUUAAAACCUAAAAAGAAGAAUACUUAUGAAACUCAAGAAGAGUUGGAGUUUAAAAAUAGGUUUACAAACUUCCAAAAGUCUCAAUCACCUGAAAGAAAGAUUCCUAUAAAUAAAACAAAAGAGAACAAAGGGCCUCAGGAUGAAAUUGAAUUUCUUUCAAAAUUCGGCAAGCUCAAAACUACUAAAAAUUUGACUAAACAUAUUGACGAAACUCCACCAUUGGAUUUUCAGAACAAUUUCGAUAAAAUAAAGAAAGCACCACCUAAAAAACCUGAAAAAAAAAUUGACUUAAAUACUUAUAAAGAUAAAGAUGCAGAAGAAUUAAGAAGCCAAAUGAAAAAACUUGGAACAAGUAAUGUCGUAAAAUCUCAUGUGGAUUACGAAACAAAGGAUUCAGAACAAUUAAGGUCUCAAUUAGGAAAACUCCGUACAAAAGAAAAGCCAGUAAUGACACAGAAAUUAAAGUCUGAAAUUGACUUAGAAACCAACUUUAAACCAGAUGAAUUAUCUUUUGAGAAAAGACUAGGUAAUAUUUUAGUCAAAUCAAGUACAUUUCCGAAACCUAAUCAGCAUAGACCAAUUGAAAGGACGUCAACAACUCUUAAACUUAAUAAGCAAGAUAAUAAUUCAUCUCAAAAAUUAAUUCAUGCAACGAAAUCAAGGUCAAAAGGGCCAAAGAGAAGAUUGCCGAAAACACUUCAAAACGAAACGACUUCUCAACCUAAACAAGAUUCCAUGAAUGUUGAAAAGAAACCACCACCAGUCAAUAAGUUGUCAAAGCCUAAAGUAGUCGGUAAUUUGAAAGCAAGGGUUGUUAGUGGAGAUUUAUUUAUUUAA